AUGGCACUGGCCACUGCCUUACAAGGUGAAGAUGCCGGCUCGUACCGACUUCAUGAGCCGGCUUUAUUCCCGAAAGUGUUGGUAGUUGAGUGUGGCUUAACACAGGUGGACGUCACAAUCCGCACAGGAUUCUCCUCACCACUCGGGUCAACAGUAACUCAUAACUUCCAUCCAACUCAAGAAGAAAUUCAAGAGUCGGAUGGAAGUUCUGUGACUUCCUGUAAUGAACGAGGGUGGGGUAGCUCCAUUGAUGGACAAGAGAGCGAAGUAAGCCAAAGCCAGAGAUGCGGGCAUUGUGGCCUAAAUUUUGAAUAA